AUGACGACGACGACGACGAACCACGCGCCGAGCCCGUCGACGCAGGAGGUGAAAAAGUUUACGCAAAUUUGCGCAAAGUGCGCGAGACACACGGCGAUCGUCGAGGACCACGCGUCGGGAGAUUUGAUAUGCACCGAGUGCGGACUGGUGAUCGAGUCGAGGAUCAUCGACGAGUGCUCGGAGUGGCGGACGUUCGGGGACGGGGAUAAGGAUCGCGGAGGCGCGGAUCCGUCGCGGACGGUGGGGGCGACAAACGUCAUGCUCACGGGCGGCGGGCUGAGCACGACGAUCGGGAAGAAUCCGGACGGGACGUACAACGCCACGCUGACGCGAUUGCAUAAUCGAGGGAUGAACCCGGACAAGGCGUUGAUCAGCGCGUUUCACAGCAUCGGGGAGUUCGCGGACGCGAUGGGUAUGAAUCGAGUGGUGCGCGACGGGGCGUGCGAUUUGUAUCGAAUGGUGACGUCAGCGCACUCGACGUUGGGGAAAUCGAACGUGGCGAUGUACGCGGCGUGUUUGUACAUCGCGGCGAGGCAAGAGGGGAUGACGCGGACGUUUAAGGAGGUGUGCGGGGCGGCGCAAGGGACGACGGUGAAGGAAAUCGGGCGGUGCUACAAAUUCAUCUUAAAGGUGUGCGAUGGGUUAAACAUGCAGAUGAACGAGCAGAUGAUCACGCCUGAAUUACUUACGAAUCGAUUCUGCGGUAAUUUGGGGAUGAGCGAUCACGACUUCUUAAAACUCUGCUCACACAUCGUGCGAACGUUUAGAGAGCUGAGAGAUUCCGAGGGGCACAAGAGCGAGAAGCAGCCGGCGUCCGUGGCGGCGGCGGCGAUUUUCAUCGCCUCCGUCGUGCGUGAAAUGCACAAAGACAAGGCAAGCUUGUUUCGCAUUUCCGAAGUGAGUGGGAUGGCGGAGGUGACCAUUCGAACGUCGUUUUUUGACAUGGUGCCGUACGCGUCGAGGCUUUUGCCGUCGGCGCAUCAGGGAAAAUUAGCAGACUUGUUGACCGAGGCGGAGAAGAUGCGCGAGGGAUCUACGAUGGCGCUGCCGUCACACGCGACGAGACAAUCAUUCCAUCCCGCUCCGCAACCCGCGGUGCCUUUGUUGAAACUCGAAUUAGACGGCCCGAUUGAAGUGCCCGGCGACGUCCUCAUUAAAGAAGAAUUGAAGUGA